UCCACAACUACCAGAUCGAAGCCCUUCGUCAAUAGUCCGCACUUUCUCCAUGAUGACACAAACAGAAAAACUAAUUAGAUGUCGGAACAAGGGUAGGAGCCGCGUUUUGCGGUUCCUUUGCCCUUAUCUCUGACGAACUAUUCGAGGCAUUUGUCUGAGAUUGGCGGUGCUGCAUUUUCUGGUCUACUUUUUUUGAGAAUGACCAAAGGAUCAUCUUGAGAAUGAGCAAAUAUCAUCAGGAAGUAGAAGAUCCCUACACGGAGAAAGAUGAGUCUUCAGAUCCUAAGAUCGAACAUGUUGGUAAUGCUCUCACAACAAGGUCCUUGUCGUGUUGGUAAUGCUCAUCUCUCACAACAUUGCAUGAUCCGCUGAAUAAGUCGCACUAUUUUAACGCGCCUCUUUCUUCACGGAGUAUACUACUUGUCCUCCUUGUUGUUCAUCUAAGUACGUGUUUCCCUCAUCUGCUAUGAUACAGUUUCAAUAGCGCUACCUUCAUCAACAUCAAACGACCACAGGGAAUCUAAAAAAAAAACUCGUCGUACGACAGUUUUUUGUUCCUCCACUCAAAAUGGCCAAGUCAAAGAACCACACCAACCACAAUCAGGGCAAGAAGGCCCACGCUAACGGUAUCAAAAAGUACCGUCAGCCGAAGAAGAUGUCUACCAAGGGCAUGGACGCCAAGUUCUUGCGCAACCAGCGUCAUGCCAAGAUGGGUACUGCUAAUUAGAUUUCAAAUUGAGAUUUCGUUCAGCUCCUAGAGUCUUAGGGCUCGGUUUAGGGUUGAACUUUGCGUUCUUUGCGUGUCUGUGAUUUAGAUUUUCAUCUAAGUACUGGAAAACUGCUUGAGCUCAUGCGGAAUUAAUUUCUUGUGAUCGUUAUCUGUAAGCCCUUACAGAUUUUCAAAACCGUUAGAUGAGCAAGGCCUUCCAUGUAAUAAUAUCCGACUCUCCCUCCACCAAUUUCCUUCAGGCAUGAUCAAGAAGAAGGAGGCUGAAUCUUAAGCUGCCUUUCUCUGCUUCUGCUAACAUUUUGAGACAACGACAUUGUGGGAAGGGAUGACAGUUGGGCAGGAGAUGUAGAGUGGAGUUGCUUGAGCAUGCGGAGAAUUGCUGAGGAGCCGAUUUUCGUUGGGGAUGCUGCAUUGUGGACAAAGGGAUAUCGAAUCGAGGAGGUAAAGGUUCUAAUGGCGUCGUUCUUUCGACCGUGUCUGUUGUUUUUUCCCUUCCUUUGAGAAGACGAGGACACCGCUUCAUCUUCCAAAUUUCUCGAAUCUGGUCAGUCUACUUCUAAGCAUGGGAAAAGCAAACAAAAGAACUGGCGGUCUUUGCCGAGGCGAACCAGCGUAAAGGAAAGUCAAUGUAUCCUGUAAAUGUGUUCCACGCAGGCCGACAUGAAGG